GAUGAACAAUUCAAUUAGACCGAGCACAUAUCUUGCCUAUUUAUACUUGAAUCUCACGCAUCAUCUAUAGUAAUAUGACAACAUGACUUUGUAAAUUUUCUUAAGAUUUAUUUCUCUAUUCAUCCGAAGCCGGCUCGUACUUCUCGGUUCUUCGAGUUGACCCAGCGCGAGGCAGAUAUUGAAGUCGGAACGCAGCGCCUGGGUAAACAUGGGAAUAGCAUCCUGUCAGACGAGGCGUUAUUUAGGCAAGUGAGAAGUAGAUCUCUCUCUAUUUAGGUUUAUGCUUCAAGGCUGUGGCAUAGAUCUGCGCGGAGCCACAGCUUCAGCUGCUUAUAGCUGAAAAAGAUCCAAAGGCGAUGGUGGAGACUAGUGCAACAGCCGCUCGCUUCGACCGACGAUAGUCGCGUGCUAGCAGCAUGAUCAUGACGUCGAUUAAAGCCAAACUUUGCAAUUAGCGUCUGCUCGGUUCUUCGUAUAAGGAGAAAAGAUUCAUGCCGGGGUAUUUCCGAAUUGAGGCAUCGUGUGCGCGUGUAGAUGAAUGUUCGGGCUGUCGGUGAUCUCUGUUCGUCGACCCUGAGUUGGUCCGGGGAUAUAAGCGAGGAGAACAUGUGUCGGGGAUAUCCGAUGGUAUGCAGCGUAUCGUUUCCCAUGAGAAAGCACCUUGAACAAUGUACUGGACGUGAUUGACUGUGUAUGAAUCAGCUACACCUGGCAUUGACAGUGGCUCUCUUCCACGUAUAUUGACAUCAAAGAGUUCGUCUAAAUAUUCCUUGUUCAAUUAGUACUAAAAUUUCCAUUUAAGUCUAAAUCUUGUAUGAAACUCGACGCUAUGUCUCCAUCGCCGUGGAGAGUCCUGUUCGGAGGCUUGGUAUGUAACAUGGAUGUUACUCUAUUCAGAUAUGAUCCCCUGCCAAGUGGAUCAGCAAGCUGACGACAACCACACGCAGAAAGAAAGCACCUCACUCAGCCAACCUUGCCUCUUCAAUCCUUCUUCACGACUGGAUAUCUGCUAGCACUAAGCGAUACUGCUGUAGCUGCUAUCAUGGCAUCUGUUCCCCAAUUCCGCCUCGUGGCUCAAAUAUGCCGCCCCUCGAUCCAACGGCGCGCUGCCCAACCGCAACACGUCAUCAUGGGACUACGCCAUGGUAAUUUGCAGUUUGGAGCGCAAUUUGUCCAAAAGAUACACACCAAAGACGAAGCUACAGAUUCCACAGCAUCCGAGCUUCACAAGAUCAACAAUCAAACACUUGGAGCGGCCGCAGGAUCAUUCCCCGUCGUCACACUUCCAAACGGCGACAAGCUGCCCACCGGCACGGUCGGGGCCCUCUUGGUGAAUAUCAAGGCAUACGAUAAAGGGAACGAACAGGAAAGGCAGGCUCUUGAACCUGCUAUUCGAGCUGCGGUGCCAGUACUGCGAAAGGUGGGCAUGUUUGACCUGUUUCCACCGGAAGAAUGGGUGGAGGGGGGAAGCCCAGGCCGGGCCUUGGUUGGCACUCUCGCAUUGUCAGAGAAAUAAAUACCAUGUAUUGAGGCGGUUUGUAUAUUUAAAUAAAUAGGGGAUAUAUAUUUUGAGGAGAGAGAGUGCCUGCAACACCACGUCGGGAAGCGAUGUUUAAUCCCAACCCAAGAAGUUUAAAAGAUUCGUCCGUGGAUCAGAGUGACCUUCAAAUGUUUUCCUCCGUAAAUCCUCACUUUCAGUGCUGUGGUAUGGUUUAAAAAUUCUGUCCAUUUCUGCCGACCGUGCAUGGAGUUGUGUCGCGGCGUAUCCGACGCCGAUCAAUGCUGUUUCUUGUAAGUCUUGCUGAGCACCAUUUCCACUCAGUUAUAUGAGAGCGCUUACUGUAAACUCCAGCCACUAUUAACGGGAGCGACUUGGUAAGUUUAGCUGGUAUAAAAACUCGUGACAUAUUUAGUAUGGUCUGUAUCUUAGCUUGCUAAACAAACGCUCGUUGCAUACGCAAUGUCUUAUAUCAUUCGCUCACCAUAACUGUGACAAGAUAGCUAAUAAAAGCCAUCCUAUUCAAUCCGAUAUCCCUACCAUCCCAAAUUUAUGGCGAGAUCUGUGGCGCAACAAGUGGUGUAGUGUUUGUGGCGAGUGGCCUGACUUGGCGAGCUUGGCGUUCACAGCCCGCCCGGGUAACGUCUAUUUCGGAUGAAGCCGGAAUUCGCAGCCCGGCGGGUAUCGGCCAGAAACCAUGUGCCCAAAUCGGCAGUGCACUUCUCAUUUGAGUUAUUUGUGCUUUCUUAUAUUGAUUUACUAUAGACUGAUUUCAUCAUCCUCAAUUUUAAACCGCGAUACCAUAUGUACUCUCUGCUCCUGGGCGGGCAAAACAGAGCCCCAGGCCGCAUCUAAUCGGAGAACGUAUAACCCUGUAAACUCUUACAUGACUUGAAGUUGUUUUCAAUAAAUGCAUUAUCCAUUCUCAGCCCCCAUACAUCACUGUAGGAUGUUGUCUCGGGGAGUAAUGGGGCAACCACACUCACAGUGCCUUUCACAGCGAUUGGCGCAAACUCGCCGGUCGUAAUGGAUGCGUUGUAGAGGCGGACAUAGUUAUCACAGACCAACUUAUUAUCUGAGAACUGCGGCUGGUUGGUAAUAUUUUUGUAGCUAGCAUCAAUGUUAGUCUAUUUUGUCCAAGUAUGUAGUCGUCGCAACGAGAGCAUGACUUACAACGAAAGAGGAUACGGUGAGCCGGUGGAGUCGGUGAAAUUUGUCCUGAGUACUGGUCCUACCAGAGGUCGCAGCACGUCAAACGCUUUGAAUGAUCUGCUUUUGCACUGAAUAUCUGCACAUUCGUAUGCGUCGCAGGGCGGAUCGAAGACGGAAGAGAUGACACUGUAUCCGUACGCGGCGGUACCCAGGACAGCAAUGUUGACCGCGCUAAUGAGCUCCUUGCCACCAUAGGCCAUACCAGUGUACCCAUCAUUUAGCCUGUCAAUGAAAGGGAAUGAAAAGCCACCUCGCUGAAAGUCGGGAAUUUUGAUGCCAGAAUUCUGAACAUCAUGAUCCAACUCAGUCUGCAUCAUCAUAGGAAACAUGUCUUUUGGGAACCAUGGUAGCAAGGCCUGGUACUGUGACGUCAAGAUGGGAUAUUCCACCGGCACAAUGCUGCGCACAUAUGACAGGGGAACUGGGAUAAUGGCAACCGUCCCAUUGAUUGUGCCGGUGGUAAGAUGAGGAUAUUGGCUAGCGAUGGGAUUCGGCGACGAUUCUGAGUGACAGAAGAGGGUUGCUUUCGCAACCGAGGCGAGAGCUGUAAUGUGAUGGAUUCUCAUGGUUGUAUAUCAGUGCGAGGAAUGGACCAACAAACUCCAGUAUCCGCUGCAAUGGGGGGCCUACCUUCGAUUUAUACAUCAAACCCCCGCUAAAUACCACCAUCCGCAUCAAUCGUUGCCAUUGUUCUGCGUAGUUACUUCGCCUAGCUUGCAGGUGGCCUAAGCUUGGUGAUCCACUCGGAUGGAUGCUUCCCGUGAACGAUACUGCAAAUCCUGCAAGGGCCGGCCCGAUUUAAGUCCAUCCAUAACGCAUAUACUUGAAGCCUUGUGUGUGCAAAGAAUGGCGCAUACUUUAUCAUCAUGAGGCAUUUUGUGUGAAAGGAUGUGGAAAAAAAAACCGACUGGGAUGUUAGCAAUUGACCGGGCACGAACGAGCGGCGUAAAGUGUACAGGUCAGCGUUCGCGCUAAAGAAAGCAAUCCCGGUAAUAUUCCCUAAUCUGGAUGCGGCCCUCCAAACAAUGUUCGCUUGGCUCGAGUGCCCGCUAAUAAAAUUUUCGGUCUAACCUUGCCAGCCAUUGUUGCACAGCCUAGCCCACUGCCUGCCAGUAUCUAUCGAAUAAUAAAUGAUCCCAAUCUGGCAUUGACCCGGAUGAGGGAAUAAAACUAGGGUCUACAGCGUUCACUGGCAGCGGCUCGUCGGCUGUAGUCGAUGGGCAAGGCCCAAGAAUCUGCGACCAGAGGGCAUCCGCAUUUAUGGUGAUGUUCGAUUCGGCCGUCAUCUGCUGAUCCGGGGAGUGGCCUGCAUGGUGCAAAUCUUUAGACGGAGACGGAAUCGUUUGUCUCGUUCGCCUCCUCUCUGGAAGAGGUGAUAGAUCCGUUUUUGCAGCCACCGCUUUCCCAUGUAGUUCCGUUAUAUGUACCCAUCGGCGAUCCGUGCUCGCGUUCGAGGUACCAGCCCAAUGCUGAUACGUUUUCUCAACUGUCUCCCAUAGACCAUCGGUAUCGUCAGCGGCAGCCAAGGAGAGGUCGAGUAGCAAAUAUGCCAGAGCAUCCCAUUCAAUAUACGUUUGGAAGAGCCAUAACCAUUUCUUGCCAGGCUCAUACUGUCGCAGUUCGUAUGCAUAUUCAAGCACUUGCUUGCAUGUGUUGCGAUAGCUUUCUCGCGUUGGGGCAUUUUGCUUUUGAAGAGGAUUUGGCUUCAUUAUAGUUAGCUUGGAUUUGACCAAGAUCAGUCGGAUAGACGUUAUUGUGACGUUAUCGAUUGGCACUGACGCGUCACAGUGGCAGAGUAGAGUAUUCUCCAUCUUGGCCCAGAAUUCAUCGAUGAAAGCGCAUUUUUCGGCGUUCGUACGGAUCUUGUAGCCUUGUUUAACACAUACAUCAUCUGAGAAAACUACUUCUCUCAAGAAAUGGCUUCCUUGGAAUCGUGUAAGAUUGUACAACAUAUCUGUUCGGCGAGGCUCGCUUUGUGGGGUGGUCAUCAUAGCCGGAUCAAGCGCACCGUCGUUCGUAUUUGCUGGGAAAGAGGUGGUGUUUAACGCUGGAAGAAUAUUUGGUGGCACUUGAUAAUCUUCUGCAAUCCUAACAUCCAGCGUUGAUAGGUGCCACCACAGCCUCCGCCGCAUUUCCAUGUCAAACGGCGUGAGACUAGUCAUGGAAUCGACGCAGUUGAGGCCCAUUUUCAUCGCGAUCGAGACAGCCAGGCCUACUAACGAGGGCAUAUUUGGUGCUUUAGGAUCACUUCGGGCACAUGUCUGCAAAAGUUAGUAUAUAGGACGCCAACAUUAGCAGUCACCUUACAAUAUAGAGAGUGAGAGCCUGGAGAACCAUAAAGUCGUGAGUAGUGAGAAGAUUGGCUUGAACUAGUGACUCC